AUGACCGCUCGCCCGCAUCCUAGUGAUUGCAGUUUCACCGAAGAAGCGCUUGCAAAACAGCGUGCUAAAAUCACAAAUCGUGCGACCUUCAAGCUCGUGCCCGUCAACGGUGCUCAGCGCGUCAUGGAUACGCCAGAGUUCAACGUCCACCGGACGCUGGGGGCGCUGAACGUCGGCGCCAUCGUCUCGUGUUUCCUGUUCGGCGUGGCGACUGUCCAAGGAUACCUCUACUAUACCAGAUAUCAGCGCGACAGGCGCAUGUUGAAGGCCCUGGUGGCCUUUGUCUGCCACUUUGGGAACGUAGAUGCGAUGUUGCGCCCGCCAGGGAGCCUUUACUUGGCAGUGAUACUCAGUGGUCUGAUAGCACCAGUGGUUCAGAUGUUCUUCGCAGAGCGUCUUCGCGUCGUCAGCGGUGGAAGGGUGCUCAUUCCGCUCAUAUGUUGGACGCUCUCUCUUGUGAGGUUCGCUAUGAGCCUCGUCACCGGCAUCAAGGCAUAUCGUCUGACGACGAUUUGGGAAUUCACGGCGGAAUGGAAAUGGCUCAUGACGACUCUCCUAUGUAUCGGCGCCGCGGUGGAUAUCUUGGUUGCAGUUUCCUUGUGCUAUUAUUUGAGGGAGAAGAGAGACCAGUCGGGGAGAGAGACGAGAAUGAAGAUCCAGAAGGUUAUGAUGUGGUCUAUUGAAACGGGUCUGGUGACGAGCGUAGCUGGGAUCACUAUAGUGAUUUGCUUCCUAGAAAUGCCAACUAAUUUGAGUUGGCUGGCGAUAUUCAUGGUCAUGGCGCGACUCUUCUCGAAUUCAUUAUUUGCAUCACUCAACGCACGGAUAUUUAUUCGCCCAGAAUACCCCCCAGAAAGCGAUAUGAUGUUUGGGACUACGGCUUCUCGGCCGCAGCACGAAACAACACCCUCCAUUCCGGAGUUUCAAGCAGAUCCAUAUAGGAAGAUGUUUGAAGCACGCCCAUAG